AGCGCUGCCCUCGGUCGCGUCUGCGUGCUCGCUCCCAGCCGUCGCGUGGUGGGCUUCCAUAUUGCCGCUGUGGCUCUGGAGAAUAUUGUUUGUGUUGCUUCGUUAAAUUUUAUUCUUUAAAGGGGGUGGCGUGUUUUUUCGGUGUAUAUUUUAAUUUCAAUUGACCAACCUGCGUCUUAGACUGAAGCGUUUUCCGUGUCAGUAUUGUGGAAGAGCGGGGAGAAACUACCUGUGUGGCCAGGAAGAGCACAUUUUGUCAUAAAGUGGAUGAUACAUUUCGGGGUAAAUAACGUUGCUAAACCAGUAACCGCUUGGGGUGAAAGUAGAAAUGGCCACUCAGGUGGAGACGAUCUUACCCGGUACUACUCUUAUGAAACAAGAGGAAUGCGAACAUGCAAGCGAAAUGAAGCCGGGGGACAGCUGUCUGGAGAUAGGGGCGAAGCAGACGGCGGUGGCAGGCGUGGAGGUAAAUGUUAAAGGGGCAAAGUCCGACCAGGGAGGAUCCUCCGCAAAACGAGUUAAGGAGGAAAGUAACGUCCGAGAGAAGGAAAGCCGGGGCAGCGAGCUCUGCCAGGCCGAAGAUGUGGACGAACAAACCGAUGGAGGCGUGAAAUGCAGCAAAAAGGAUUUACCCGAGCCUCCCCCACCCAAGGCGAAUCCCUGGACUAAGAACACGGUGACGGUGGUCAGUGUAAAUGGUCACGCAAACCAUGAACCAGUGCAACCAGCCAGGCUGGUGAAAGCAGGACCUUCUAGACCAAUAAAAGGUGGAAAGGUUGGGGACUUUGUGGAUGCUAGCAGCUGGCCGACCCCCGGUGAGAUUGCAAGCAAAGAUAUGCAGGCAUGCAAAAAGGUCACAAAUACGAGAGAUACAAGGGAGAAUGGCGACGAGAAGAGCAGAGAGAAUCAGAAAUCGAAGUCUGAUGACUCUGGUGAGGAGAAGAAUGGAGACGGAGAAUCUCAGAAGAACAGUCAGAAGAAGAGAGGAAAUAAGCAGAAGUGGGUCCCCCUGAUGAUUGACAUGAACACAGCAGGUCCUGGGGAGCACUUGGCCUCCAGGAGCAACCGCCGGCAGAAGGACCCCCAAAGGACGUCAUUCAGUCACAGGAACGAGCUGCAAGACUGGGACAGUGGGAAGGCGGAGCGGGAGGAGGAUCCAGGCGAAGUGGCCAGUGUGAGGAAUCGUGGCGGUUUCCGAGGACGUGGCAGGGGACGAGGAAGAGCCAGGGGGCACUUUGAAUACCCACAUGUCUCUAAGACCUACGAUGGCAAAGAUGGAUACUGUCAAAAGCAAAAGUCCAACAGCACCGUCACCUAUUACUAUGACAACAUGAGCAGCAGUGACCUCUAUUCUGUCGACCAGGAACAUCUCAAGGAUUACGUCAAGAGACAAAUUGAGUAUUACUUCAGUGUUGGGAACCUGGAAAGGGACUUUUUCCUACGUCGGAAGAUGGACCAGAAUGGCUUCCUGCCCAUCGCUCUCAUAGCCAGCUUUCACCGUGUGCAAGCCCUGACCACUGACCUCGGCCUAAUCAUGGAGGCCUUGAAGAACAGCAAGGAGGUGGAGGUAACAGAGCUGAAAAUCCGCCCACGGGCGGAGCCAGAGAAAUGGCCGCUACCGGGCCUCACUGUGCCAGACCACGCCCAUACGGACUUCUCUCAGCUCAUCCAUUGUGCAGAAUUUGUUCCUCGCCAAGCCUCUGAGAAACACACAGAGUCUGCCCCAGGGUCUCCAAGGGUAUCCACUCCAGGGCAGUCCAGAAUUGAGGAUCUCAGCAAUCUGAAGACUAUGCCCAAGGGACUAUCUACCAGCCUGCCUGACAUGGACUCAGACUCAUGGAUUGAGGUGAAAAAGAGGUCCCGACCUUCUCCAGUCAAACCAAAGGUAUGUUCCAUUUUAAAAACCUUUUGUAUAGAAAUAUUUUCUGCAGCCAGCUUGUCCUUCCCUUGCCUGUGGUACGGAUGCGUACAUGUGCAUGACUGGUACCCCUCACAGGACGUGGAAGAGGCCCGACUCCCAACUCGGGACCAGGACGAGCCAGAGGAGCUGGACUUCAUGUUCGACGAGGAGAUGGAGCAAAUCGACGGGCGACGCAACACCUUUACCGAUUGGUCAGACGAGGACUCGGACGGCGAGAUCGAUGAUCACGAUGUGAACAAGAUCCUGAUUGUGACUCAGACACCCCCUUACCUGCGCAAGCAUCCCGGGGGGGACCGUACUGGGAACCAUACCUCACGGUCCAAGCUUACCUCUGAGCUGGCCAAGGUCAUCAAUGAUGGCUUGUACUACUAUGAGCAAGACCUGUGGAGUGACUCUUAUGUACCUGAGUAUGCCAUCAUCAAACAAGAAGUUGAGAAUUUCAAAAAAGUCCACCUGAUUAGCAGAGAGCAGUUUGACUGUUUGACUCCAGAAGCUCCUGUGGACCCCAACCAGGAAGUGCCUCCCGGCCCCCCAAGACCCCAGCCAAUCCCCACAGAUGCUUUGGCAAAUAAACUUUUCGGUGCGUCGGAACCGUCCUCGAUGGCCCGCUCUCUCCCAACCACCGUACCCGACUCUCCGAGCUACCGCGGAGCCCGCACGCCACGACUUAAGGACCCCAGUCAGAUGCCCCGUUUCUACCCAGUGGUGAAGGAGGGGCGGCCCGUUGAUGCCAAGACGCCACGUAAGAGGAAAACUCGUCACAGUUCUAACCCCCCCAUGGAGUGCCACGUGGGAUGGGUGAUGGACUCCCGUGAGCAUCUGUCCCACACAGCAGCAGUCAGCUCAAAUGCAAGUCCUUCAGAAGGAAUCCCAGCCUUGGGAUACUAUGGCUGUUCGCCUCAAUCUCUGCCCAAAUUCCAGCACCCGUCCCAUGAGCUGCUGAAGGAGAACGGAUUCACGCAGCAUGUUUACCACAAGUACCGGCGGCGCUGCGUCAAUGAGCGCAGGAGGCUGGGUGUUGGCCAGUCUCAGGAGAUGAACACCCUCUUCCGCUUCUGGUCCUUCUUCUUGCGAGACCAUUUCAACAGGAAGAUGUAUGAGGAGUUUAAACAGCUGGCAGUGGAAGACGGUAAAGAGGGAUACAGGUAUGGCUUGGAGUGCCUUUUCAGAUAUUACAGCUAUGGACUAGAAAGAAAAUUUAGACCAGAUAUUUUCAAGGACUUUCAGGAGGAGACGAUGAAGGAUUAUGAAGCAGGGCAGCUGUAUGGACUUGAGAAAUUCUGGGCAUUUCUCAAGUACUCUAAAGCAAAGAACCUGGUGAUUGACCCUAAACUACAGGUGUACUUAAGGAAAUUUAAACGGCUUGAGGACUUCAGAGUUGAUCCACCAAUGGAGGACGGAGGACGAAAGAGACACCCAUCUGGGGGGGACAGCCACCGCCAUCACACCUCACGGCCGCCCAGGACCACCAGUCAGACCAGCCCGGUACAGCCUCAACCGGGCCCCUCCACAGCUGAUGCCAAUGCCAGAGUCCUCGGCCCAAGGGGGCCCACAUCCCACAGCAAGCCCCAGAAGUAGCGGAUCCUGUUUGUUUGUUUCAGUUCUAGCUGUGAGGAGGCGCCUUCGGCAGUGAGAAUGCUGCAGAAAGAGGCAUUUAUAUUGGCUUGUGAUCAAGGCUCUUCCUUUUAAAGACUGUUUUUAUUGUGCACAGAAGACUGAAUGACUUCUAAAUGGACAACAGCAUCACUUUCUUUUACAGGCCAUGCCAUUUAUUUUAAUGUUUCAUUUUUAUUGUUUUUUUAUCCUGUUCCAUGGCUAUUGGGCACCUUUGUCGGUGCUUUAUUACCUUUUCUUUUGACAAAAUAGAUUGCUGAAAAUUGUUCACCUGACUGGCUUGGCGCAGCGGUAAAUGAAUGACAUUGGCCUUAUUUUGUGUGCUCUCCGCUCUCAAUGCCCGUCAUUUUUCGAUGAACAUUCUGCUUGCAAUAUCAGUUCUGUUCCAAUGGAAACUAUUGAAUUGACACUUCUCACCCACCGUUCCCAGCUCCUCCUCAACUAGUACAGUCUUCCAAUCUGUUUUUUCUUCCACCAAUGAAUUACACAGUGAUUUGGAAUUGCACAUUCCACAUGAGUACUUCACGGAGACCACAAUCUACCUGACAUCUUUGGUGCUAUUGAAUAAUCAUCUUCCAGCAACAAGAACCAAACAGCCACACAAUUAGACUGUAUCACUACCGUACAUGUGCUGUGAGCUGUGGUGUCUCACGUCCAGCUGUUUUCCGGGUGGCAGGUCCUUGGCAGGUGGUUAGAAUCCUCCCACCACAGGUUUCCUACAAAUAUUCCCAGAUUCAUUAUCUUGCCAAAAGUGUGAGAAACUGUCACUUUGAUAGCAUAUGCCAGAAGGAAAAAAAACAUGGUUUUGUGUUUGUCAGUCAUAAAUCCCUUCCUGGCAAGAGUUGACUUAAGCUGUUCCCUUUUCUUUGAAUGUAUGAAAAUCUCUAUGAUCUUUGUCUAUUUUAGUCUGAUUUAUUUAAAAUUAAAAAUGACCUUUUUUUGCUUUUUAUGGUCGGAGUGUAUUGACUGGUCAUAAUUUUCAUUUUUCAAUGCAAAAAUGUAAAAAAAAAAUCCUCUGGGAGGAUGUGACUGGGGAGCCACGCCUGCUCUGCUUACCUGCAUCAGGUAUCCGGUCCCGUCCCGAGACCGGUCUCUGAAGGUUCGUCCAUUUCAGGGUCACCCGAGGGAACUCGCCGCAACAUUGUCACGUUCGAGGUGGUCCGGUAGUACGUGGCAACGGAAGGACGAAAUCCAUCAAACCAUAACAAAAAGAUAAUUCUAUAAGUUCCAGUAUAUGAAUAGUUUGCAACCAUUAAACGUUUGGGAGCCAAAAACACCUGAUGGGGAAAAUAUUGAAAUGUAAAAUACUUGAAUGAUUUCUUGUAUCAUAAUGUCUGCUUCGGAGGCUGACAGAGACUUGGUCCCAGUGUUCGUAAUUUGUAGUAAUUAUUCUUUUCCUUAAUAAAUGUACCAAAAACAUAA